AUGUCUAAUAAUACCAGUCUUGAUAUUUGGUUUGCUGGUGCAUUUGCUGCGUUUACUGUCGAUCUGCUCGUCUAUCCUCUGGACACUCUCAAAACACGUCUCCAAUCGCAGCACUACGAACAGCUAUACAAAGAUGCUAGUGGCAGAACGAAGCCUUCUUUAUUCCGCGGUCUCUACCAGGGCGUUGGUUCCAUCAUCCUCAUUACCAUUCCUUCGUCUGGCGCAUUCUUUACAACCUACGAAGCCUUGAAAUACGGUAUUUCGGAAGCAGUUCCUCCGAACUCCACGAUUUUUCUUCCUCAACCUGCCAUCCAUGCUGUGGCAAGCGGCGGUGCUGAGCUUGUUAGCUGCGCCAUCCUGACCCCGGCAGAGGUCCUCAAACAAAAUGCCCAGAUGCUUAGUGCUCGAGGAAAGAGAACAUCUACUUCUUGGGAAGUUUUCAAACAUUUUAGAAAGAAUCCUUCAAGAUUAUGGAGAGGAUACACUGCGCUGGCCGCGAGGAACCUGCCCUUUACCGCUCUUCAAUUCCCCACGUUUGAAUUUCUGAAAGGAUAUUUCAUGCAAAGACGGAAAGCUCGAAAUGGCGGGAGACCAGUCGACGGAAUAGCUGAGCGCGCACGUAUCACAGCGAUGAGUGCCGCUAUUGCCGGAAGCGGAGCUGCGUGGAUCACAACCCCAAUCGACGUUGUCAAGACCAGAAUCAUGCUCGCUGCAGGAUCUGGUGAUGAUGGCCCAAGGGCAGAGUCCAAGGGCAAAGCUUCCAAGUUUCUCAUGGAAGGCGUUCAAGGGUCGCGCAAAAGCGGACUCACCGUGGCCAGAGACAUACUCAAGAGCGAAGGCGUCCGAGGCCUCUUCCGGGGUGCACUCCUCCGAGCUUGUUGGACCUCUCUUGGCAGCGGUCUAUAUUUGGGCUGUUAUGAGGGUGGCCGUUUCUAUCUUGAGAAGCACAGGAAAGACGCAAAAGAAGGCGAUCACAUUAUGCAGCGUGACUGGUCGAAGGUCAAGGUGGGCAUCGGAAACUCCAGAUCUCAGGAGGUGGUGAAAAAGAGUGCAUGGCAGGAAGACUGA